AGCAUAUAAAGCAGUUACAGAGGGAAGUGAAACCGAACUCGUCCUCCCGUCCUGAUCAGAGACAGAUUCUGGGGACAGGAGCUGUUGGUGCCGUUGGUGCGAGUGAGUGGCUGAUCCUGGUGGUGGUCCCUUCACGUUCCUGUACAGUAGUGCACUUGGGUGUCAAUUUGUGUGUGGUGUUUCACAUGUAGUGUAACAUAAGGAACCUUUUCCAUACCCUCCCUCAGCAAGUCAUCUCAACCGUUUAGUCUGAGCAAUGGACCCAAAACAUGUUGGGGCGAUGGAGAUGACAGCACUCGGCCGACCUUUCAGUGUCGGGAUGUUGUACGACUGCCGCAAAGAUUCCCUCGUCCCCGGAAUGACAUUGUGGGACCAUGAUGACCUGAUAAAACAUGUACGAGAAAGACCGCAGAACUAUAAUGACUUUGAGAUAGUUGCAUCUGAAUCUAUUGAGGGCAAAUCUAAAGCACUGAAUGUUGAUGCAUCACUUAAAGCAAGUUUCCUGGGUGGACUCGUACAAGUUGACGGAUCGGCCAAAUACCUGAACGAUAGUAAGACUUCCAAAAAUCAGGCCAGAGUAACACUGAAGUACAAAGCUACCACAAAGGUCCAGGAACUAUCAAUGAACCAUCUUGGAAGAGGCAACGUGAAGCAUCCGUAUGUCUUUGAUAAAGGAUUAGCAACACAUGUAGUCACAGCUGUUCUUUAUGGGGCACAAGCCUUCUUUGUCUUUGACCGUGAGGUGUCUGAACAGGAAGAUCAUCAAGACAUUGAAGGAAACUUGAAGGUGAUGAUCGAGAAAAUUCCCUGUCUUAAGAUAGAGGGUGAAGGUUCACUGAAAAUGGAAGACAAGGACAGAGCAAGUGUUGAGAAGUUCUCCUGCAGAUUCUAUGGAGACUUUUCCCUUCAGAAACCUCCUACAUCCUUUCAGGAUGCAAUACAAGUCUACCAAAGUCUGCCAAAAUUGCUGGGAGCCAACGGAGAAAACGCUGUACCAAUGAAGGUCUGGCUGCUGCCACUGACAUGUUUGGAUUCUUCAGCUGCUAAACUCGUCCGUCAGAUCAGUAUAAGUUUAGUUCAAGCAUCCCAGAGUGUCCUGGAGGACUUCAGUGAGCUGGAAAUGAGGUGUAACGAUGCACUGAACACCAACACUGCACAGCAGUUCCCACAGAUUAGCAACAAACUUAAAACUUUUAGAGAGAUGUGCUCUGAGUUCAAACUGGAAUUCCAACAAACCUUGGCAAAGAAACUUCCGUCAAUCCGAGGAGGAGGAGAAGAAGAAGCUGUGCUCGCAGAGAUCCUGAAGAAGAGACAUUCUUCUCCUUUCAACAGCAAAGAUCUGAAUGAGUGGAUGGACUGUAAAGAGAGAGAAAUGUACACUUUAAAAUCUUUAACCAGCAUGAUGAAGAACACCAAGAUCGUCCCAUCUCAAAAUCACCUGCACAGAGAAAUUCUCGGUGCUGAACAUGCUGUGUGUUUUGUCUUCACCUCACUGGGAAGUGUUGAACCGUACCUGUCAACUUUAUCAAACUACUUACAACAAACAGCCACACCAGACGAAACUCAAGAUUCACAUACUCGAGAUGUAGAGAAGGAACAAUGGUACGCCUCAAAAGAAACAGCAGAUACAAUGAGGCAUAAAGCAAAGCUCUUCAGUGAUUUUGCAGAGGCCAACCGGAAGAACAAGAACAUGAAGUUCCUGACAGUGGGAUUAACAAAUGAGACACAGAAAGGUUCGAGCAUCUGCCUUUAUAAAGACGGCUUUGCUGUCAAUGAGAACUUUGAACCACCUUCAAAGCCUGAAACAGUAACAGUAAGUGACAUCAACCACAACAGCGUGACACUGAAGAUUUCUCCACCCAGAUUUGGAGCAGAGAACAUCACCUCAUACUGUACCGAGUACUGUGUGAGCGCAGAGGAUGGAUGGCAACAAAAGACAGUAUCAAAAGCUGAAGAAGUCACAGUGAGAGAUCUGAGUCCUAACACAGAGUAUCUGUUCAGAUGCAGAGCAGUGACCUCAGAAGGUGUUGGGCCAGACAAUGAAGUCAGUGGUUCCAUUAAAACUUUACCUUGCAGCCCUCCUGGAAAACCACAAGUUGAAUCAAACUCAAGUGAGAUAUUAGUUAGCUGGAAGAAACCUGCUGAGCUUGGACAAGAUGUCCAGACUUUGAGAUACAUCGUGGAGUCUGCAAAAACAGACAACGGGAUGAAAGAGGAAGAUCUCCAGUGGAAGCAAAUGACGUCUGAGGCUGAAAAGGCGAUCAUUGCAGGACUUCAGGCAGAGACACAAUAUGUUGUCAGGGUCAGAUGUGAUUGUGGUGACGCUGGCAGAAGCAAGGAAAGCAUCUCUGUUCAUGUCUGCACAACAAAAUGUGAAUUUGCUCGUCUUGCUGAAUUCCUCAAACAUAUCAGCAAGAACAUACAUUCAGAUUCUCCCUCAGUUUACAAACUGCCAGUGAAAGAAGAAGAUAUGGUCAUAGAUGGAUGCCGGAGGUAUAACUUUGGGAAAACCAGCAUGAGGCAAAAUCGCACAAUAAUGGUUCUUGGAGCGACUGGAUCAGGAAAGUCCACUCUCAUCAAUGGAAUGAUCAACUACAUUGUUGGUGUAGAUUGGAAAGAUGAUUUCAGAUUUAAAUUAAUCACUGAGGAUCAGUCAAGAUCACAAUCUGAAAGCCAGACAUCUGAAGUCACAGUGUAUAAAAUCAACUACCAGGACGGGUUCAAUAUCCCCUUCUCUCUGACCGUUGUGGACACACCAGGGUUUGGGGAUACAAGAGGAAUAAAAAGAGACAAGGAGAUCACAGAGCAAAUCCGAAGGCUUUUCACCUCCAGUAAUGGAGUCAGUGAGAUUGAUGCAGUGUGUUUUGUUACUCAGGCCUCUCUUGCACGACUAACAGCAACACAACGAUAUGUGUUUGACUCAGUCCUCAGCAUUUUUGGUAAAGAUGUGGCAGAGAACAUUAAGAUGCUUGUGACUUUUGCAGAUGGCCAGCAGCCACCAGUUCUUGAGGCAAUAAACGUCUCUGGAGUACCAUGUCCCAAAAAUGACAUUGGGCUUCCAGUUCACUUCAAAUUCAACAACUCUGCGUUGUUUGCAGACAACAGCAGUAUCAGUGACAGGGCCUGUGAUGAAGGUUCUGAUGAAGAUGAUGACAACUUUGACGAAAUGUUUUGGAACAUGGGUGCCAAAAAUAUGGAGAGGUUUUUCACUGCUUUGAGUAAAAUGAAAACCAAAAGUUUGCGAAUGACCCAAGAGGUUCUCAAAGAACGAAAGCAGCUUGAAACAGCUGUUGAAGGUUUUCAACAGCAAAUUAAAAAUGGAUUAGCAAAUCUUGAAGGACUUAAGACAACCAAAGAGAAGAUUAAAGAUCUAGAAACAGUUGUGUCCUCAAAUGAAAACUAUGAGAUUGAGGUGAAUGUUCUUAAGCCAGUCCAAAAACAGCUCACAAAGAAAGGAGAGUACAUCACCAACUGCCAGAAAUGUUCAAUGACAUGCCACUACCCGUGUGCGAUAGCAGAUGAUAAUGAAAAACAUAGCUGUGCUUCAAUGGAUAGGACAGGGAUGUGCACGGUCUGCCCUGGAAAAUGCACUUGGACUGUGCAUUUCAACCAGACAUACAGCUGGGAGUAUGUUCAAGUAAAAGAGAAGCAGACUCUGCAACAGCUGAAAGACAAGUAUCAAAAAGCGAUAAAAGAAAAGAUGACCACUCAGGAUUUGAUUGAGAGGCAAGAGGAGGAGAUUGUUUACCUGCAAGACAUGAUGGUGUCCCUCAUGGAUCAGUCAGCUCACUCUAUAACUCGUCUGCAAGAGAUCGCCCUGAGGCCGAACCCUCUGACCACUCCAGACUACAUUGACAUGCUGAUUGAAGGAGAAAAAUCAGAGGCCAAAGAGGGUUACCAGACCAGAAUUAAGUCGUUGGAGGCAAUGAAAGAAAAGGCAAAAAUCAUCUCCAAAGUAAGAAAACGAGACAGACUUACAAAAACAGAGGAGGAAUUAUCUGAAGAAAAACAGGGAAGAAAGAAAGAAGAAGAGAAAGGUUUUGUAAAGAAAGUGAUAACUUUCUUUGGAUAUUAGGGAACAAUCAUGGCAUGUUCAUGUGCAGCCAUGUUAGCAGCAUUCUAAGGUUUUUCUUACAGUA